AUGGAAUCUUCAGUAACUGUUUUAUCCCAAGAUGCUACGGUUGGACCAACAAAAACCAACAUUGACCAACCACCUGCUUGCAAUCAAAACAUAACCAUUUCAGACAAUUACACUUACGUCCAAAUGGAUUCGAAUAGUUCUAGUUACCACCAAAAUAGUACUGAAGUAAAGGAACUACCUCAAAAUACAAACGUCGAACAGCUGAAAUCAACUAUCAAACUAAUAAAAUUUAGUGACGAAAUGACAAUUGCGGGUAACAAUAAUAAUGAAGAUUUUGUACUGGAAAGUCCUCUGCAUGCUGAAACUUUAAAUAAAGUCCAAAUUUAUUCAAAUGGUUCUAGUUGCCACCAAAAUAGUACUGAAGGGUUAAAAGAACUACCUCUAAAUACAAACCUCGAAAAGCUGAAAUCAACUAUCAAAGUGAUAAAAUUUAGUGAUGAAAUAUCAUUUGCAGAUAACAAUAAUAAAGGACAAUCUGUAGUGGAAAGUCCUCUGCAUGCUAAAACGUUAACUGAAGUCCAAAUGGGUUCAAAUAGCUCUCCAUGCCACCAAAAUAGUACUGAAGUACUAAAGGAACUACAUUCAAGUGCAAAUGUCGAACAUCUGAAAUCAACUAUCAAACUAAUAAAAUUUAGUGACGAAAUGACAAUUGCGGGUAACAAUAAUAAUGAAGAUUUUGUACUGGAAAGUCCUCUGCAUGCUGAAACUUUAAAUAAAGUCCAAAUUUAUUCAAAUGGUUCUAGUUGCCACCAAAAUAGUACUGAAGGGUUAAAAGAACUACCUCUAAAUACAAACGUCGAACAGCUGAAAUCAACUAUCAAAGAGAUAAAAUUUAGUGAUGAAAUAACAUUUGCAGAUAACAAUAAUAAAGAACAAUCUGUAGUGGAAAGUCCUCUGCAUGCUAAAACGUUAACUGAAGUCCAAAUGGGUUCAAAUAGCUCUCCAUGCCACCAAAAUAGUACUGAAGUACUAAAGGAACUACAUUCAAGUGCAAAUGUCGAACAUCUGAAAUCAACUAUCAAACUAAUAAAAUUUAGUGACGAAAUGACAAUUACAGGUAACAAUAAUAAUAAUGAAGAUUUUGUACUGGAAAGUAAUCUGCAUGCUGAAACUUUAAAUAAAGUCCAAAUUUAUUCAAAUGGUUCUAGUUUCCACCAAAAUAGUACUGAAGGGUUAAAGGAACUACCUCAAAAUACAAACGUCGAACAGCUGAAAUCAACUAUCAAGCUAAUAAAAUUUAGUGACGAAAUGACAAUUGCGGGUAACAAUAAUAAUGAAGAUUUUGUACUGGAAAGUCCUCUGCAUGCUGAAACUUUAAAUAAAGUCCAAAUUUAUUCAAAUGGUUCUAGUUGCCACCAAAAUAGUACUGAAGGGUUAAAGGAACUACCUCUAAAUACAAACCUCGAACAGCUGAAAUCAACUAUCAAAGUGAUAAAAUUUAGUGAUGAAAUAACAUUUGCAGAUAACAAUAAUAAAGAACAAUCUGUAGUGGAAAGUCCUCUGCAUGCUAAAACGUUAACUGAAGUCCAAAUAGGUUCAAAUAGUUCUCCAUGCCACCAAAAUAGUACUGAAGUACUAAAGGAACUACCUUCAAGUGCAAAUGUCGAACAGCUGAAAUCAACUAUCAAACUAAUAAAAUUUAGUGACGAAAUGACAAUUGCGGGUAACAAUAAUAAUAAAAAUUUUGUACUGGAAAGUCCUCUACAUGCUGAAACUUUAAAUAAAGUCCAAAUUUAUUCAAAUGGUUCUAGUUGCCACCAAAAUAGUACUGAAGGGUUAAAGGAACUACCUCUAAAUACAAAGGUCGAACAGUUGAAAUCAACUAUCAAAGAGAUAAAAUUUAGUGAUGAAAUAACAUUUGCAGAUAACAAUAAUAAAGAACAAUCUGUAGUGGAAAGUCCUCUGCAUGCUAAAACGUUAACUGAAGUCCAAAUAGGUUCAAAUAGUUCUCCAUGCCACCAAAAUAGUACUGAAGUACUAAAGGAACUACCUUCAAGUGCAAAUGUCGAACAGCUGAAAUCAACUAUCAAAGUGAUAAAAUUUAGUGAUGAAAUAACAUUUGCAGAUAACAAUAAUAAAGAACAAUCUGUAGUGGAAAGUCCUCUGCAUGCUAAAAGGUUAACUGAAGUCCAAAUAGGUUCAAAUAGUUCUCCAUGCUACCAAAAUAGUACUGAAGUACUAAAGGAACUACCUUCAAGUGCAAAUGUCGAACAGCUGAAAUCAACUAUCAAACUAAUAAAAUUUAGUGACGAAAUGACAAUUGCGGGUAACAAUAAUAAUGAAGAUUUUGUACUGGAAAGUCCUCUGCAUGCUGAAACUUUAAAUAAAGUCCAAAUUUAUUCAAAUAGUUCUAGUUGCCACCAAAAUAGUACUGAAGGGUUAAAAGAACUACCUCUAAAUACAAACGUCGAACAGCUGAAAUCAACUAUCAAAGUGAUAAAAUUUAGUGAUGAAAUAACAUUUGCAGAUAACAAUAAUAAAGAACAAUCUGUAGUGGAAAGUCCUCUGCAUGCUAAAACGUUAACUGAAGUCCAAACGGGUUCAAAUAGUUCUCCAUGCCACCAAAAUAGUACUGAAGUACUAAAGGAACUACCUUCAAGUGCAAAUGUCGAACAGCUGAAAUCAACUAUCAAACUAAUAAAAUUUAGUGACGAAAUGACAAUUGCGGUCCAAAUUUAUUCAAAUGGUUCUAGUUGCCAUCAAAAUAGUACUGAAGGGUUAAAGGAACUACCUCUAAAUACAAACGUCGAACAGCUGAAAUCAACUAUCAAAGUGAUAAAAUUUAGUGAUGAAAUAACAUUUGCAAAUAACAAUAAUAAAGAAAAAUCUGUAGUGGAAAGUCCUCUGCAUGCUAAAACGUUAACUGAAGUCCAAAUGGGUUCAAAUAGUUCUCCAUGCCACCAAAAUAGUACUGAAGUACUAAAGGAACUACCUUCAAGUGCAAAUGUCGAACAGCUGAAAUCAAAUAUCAAAGAUGUGGAUUUUAGUGAUGAAAUAACAAUUAAAGAUAACAAUAAUAAGGAAAAUUCUUCAGUGGAGAUGGAGAAUCAUAUUACGACUGAAACGUUAAUUGAAGUCCAAAUGGGUUUAAAGAAUUUUAGUAAUCACCAAAACAGUAUUGAAGAAUUAAAGGAACUACCUUCAAGUACAAACGACAAACAGCUGGAAUCAAAUAUCAAAGUAAUAUUAGGUGAUGAAAUAACAAUUGCAGAUAGCGUUAAUAGCGGAGAUUCUGCAAUGAAAAGUCCUUUGCCUACUGAAAAGUUAAUUGGAGAACUCCACAACGGUCAAGACGAUUUGGUUUCUGCGUUAGGUUCAGAGUUAUGUGGACAAAAAACACAACCAGUAGUUGAGAAUAUAGAAAGUACACAAUUCAAAAGAUUUGAUAGUAAUGACAACAUUAGCAAGGUACAAUUUAAAAAUAACCAGACAAAAAGCAUUCUAAAGCGAAAGAGAAUUGUGGAGGAAAACGAAGAGCCACCAGCUAAAAAAAGAAAAGGCAUUACUUUUGACAGUGUUACCAUCUUCGAUUUUCCCAGAGUGCAAGGCUUUACUUCCAUCCCCACACAGGGUGGUUGCACCUUAGGCAUGGAAGCUCACCAUUCUGAUAAAAAGACGUUCUCUGUAGCGGAGCAUGUCUUGGAGCAAAAAAGAAAGCGCAGAGAGUUCAUACAAAAACGUCUUUCUCAUAAAAAUGGUAAAAAAACAAUAUGUAACGACGAAUCGAAUUUUAAGGAUACAGCAUGCAAAGGUACAGACAGUAACAAGGUAAAUGUAUUACAACCAGUCCGUAUACCCCAACGAAAAGCUCUUCUACGAGCUGCUGGAGUGAGAAGGAUAGAUUCGGCAGAAUAUGACGAGUGUAGGAAAAUUCGAACAUCUCGAAUGUUAUGUGGAUGUGGAUGUAAAGAAAAUUGUAAUCCUGAUACUUGUUCCUGUAGUCAGGCGGGAAUCGAAUGUCAAGUAGAUAGAUUUAAUUUUCCAUGUAAAUGUUCUAAAGAGAACUGUAGAAACUCAAGUGGAAGAAUCGAAUUCAGUCCUGAAAGAGUUAGAAUUCAUUUUAAACGCACACUUAUGAGGAUAAACCUAAAAAAAGAAGAAGACUGGAUGGAAAGACUGGAUGGACGAGAAAAAGAAGAAGACUGGAUGGAUAGACUUGAUGGACGAGAUGUAACAUCCGUCCUACAGCAGAACCAAAGUUUUUCGAGUUGUCUCAUCAAUAAAUAUUUUUAA